UUCAUUUGAUUGAUUUCAUUUGUUCAGGGUACCUUCUGAAUUCUACUUCACAUGGAAAGCGACAUACAAUGUCUUUGAAUGUGACGCUACUUCUCCAAGACAGGCUAUUUCUUCACAAGGAGAGUGCUGCUAGGAGAAAAUUCACCGCUAAAAAUGACAUGAUAUCAUUCUUUAAAGAUGUUCUUCAUGCAUAGAAUGACUAUAAAUUUUUCUCAAGCACAUUUUGGUUUGGACAAGUGCAAUAUAUUAAGACAUUGAAUUUGGGGGAUCACAGACGAAUGUGUUAACAUCAUGGCCGAAGGAUUCUGUCAAGCAUUGCUGCGUGUAUCCAUGGCCCAAAUAUGCCAGGAGCUCGGAUGGCAUUCCAUACAUUCAACCCCGUGUGACCUCUUGACGGAUGUCUUGCAGAGAUACAUUCAGCAACUUGCUUCGGUCUCCCACUGCUAUGCAGAGCAAUAUGGAAGGACGGAGCCUAAUGUGGAUGACCUUGGCUUGACCUUCAGACAUAUGGGAGUCAGUCUGUAUGAGUUGGAGAACUACAUCAGGGAUGUGGACCCCAUCCCAUUCAAGCAUGACAUCCCCCAGUUUCCUCUGCGCAGGAAGAAUGAUCUCCAACACCCAAAGCCUGGGAGCAGGGACGACAGGGAGAGGCUCCAGUACAUUCCUGCACAUCUACCGCCCAUCAUUGGGUUGUCUGAUGACUUUGGAGCACCUAUCGGUCAUCAUAGGGAUAGUAUUUCAUCUGUACCAGGAACACCGAUGGACACUGACAAUCCAGACUCUAGGCUAAUCUCCCCUAUGGGAGGCAGUCACACAUCUCCAAGGGGUGAGAAACGAGAAACUGCAAGUCCUCUCUUCAGCGAUCAGGCCAUGAAGAGACUCCGUCUGGAUGGGGACGGAACCCCACAGGAACUGACUGCAGUGUCCAUCGGCAUUGGAGGAGAACUGACUCCAAAGAGAGAAGGCAAGCUUCCUAUUGCAACCACACCACCCCAACGUGUGCUGAAAGCUGCCUUGGCCGGGGAUGGAACUCCUAUGAGAGCCAACAAGGCUAUAACAGAUGGACUCCUAAAUCGGUCAGAAGAAACCAUUGUUGACAGGUUGCAACAAAAAACUCCCAAAGUGGUCAAGAAAAACUCGGCUGAGCCAAAGUCUCCAAAAUCGGCAAAGCCAGUGGUUACGCCAAAGCAGAAAGCUCAAACAAAGUCCCCGAUCCAUAUGAUGUUUUCUCCAUCAUCGAAGUACCCCAUGGUUAAAUCCAAGACAUCUGGCACACCAGGAGCUGGUGAUAAGGCUGGAGAAUUCCAGUUUCCUCCACCAAAGAGUCCAAAGGUGUCGGUAAAUAAGAAGCAACAGGAGAAGCUUCAAGAGUCUGCAAAGAAAGAGAAGACUGUGCCCUCUGUGUAUGACUUUGAUGAUGAUGAGUUUGACAGUACACCAUCUAAGGACCCGACACUCUCUCCAUCUGAUGCAAAAGGAUUCAUAAAAGAUCCAUUGUCACUUGAUGCAGAUCUCGAACAAUCAAAGAACCAAAACUCAGACAGUUCCAAGGGAAAAGAUUUGAAAAAGUCCAAGCAAGAAAGAGAUAGGAGUUUAUCUCCUCUCAGUGAUAACGUCCUCAAAUCUAAAAAAGUUGACAAGGACAAGAAAAAGUUAGGAAGUAAGGACAAGUCAAAGAUAAAACAAAAACCGAAGAACAAGAAGGGUAAAGAUGACGUCCCAAGCUACUAUGAUUCUGUUGGAUCGAUGGACAAGAAGCACACUACACCUAAGGCAGUUAAGAGGAAAAACUCAUCAUCAUCCGAUGGGAAAACACCAAAGUUGGUUAUCAACAUGGGAGGCAAAAACUCUGGAGAUGAUGAGAUGAGAGUCAUCAAAAAGAAAUACAAGAAAGUUAAAGAAAAGGACAAACAGAAACAGCUGAAGGUGAAAAAGCUAAAGCAAAAGAGCAUUGAUACCAAGAUGAAAUCGAAAGCUUCAAAACAAGGCAUUACGCCCAGCUCCUCUAAACCAAAGGAAGACUCGAGUCCAGAGAAACGUUUGCCUAUCGGAAAAUUGAGUCUCAUCAGGGGCACUGGCUCCAAACUUCAAUUCAAGAUUGCUGUGCCGCCACCGGAGAAGGAAGAUGUUGACAACGAAAAGGCAAGGAAAGCAGAAAAGCCGAAGACUACAAGCAAGGAUAAACCUAAAGUGAAAAGACUGAAGACCAGCUCAAGCGAUGUAGACUCUUCAGACAAAGAUAAAAAGACCUCAAAGGACAAGAAAAAAACACCAGUAUCUAAGGACAAGAAGAAAGAAUCAGUUAAAAAGGAGAAAGAAGAAGCAGUGUCUACUCCUACCGUCCCAAAGAUUACCUUUAAGUUGGGUUCUACACCAGCCGGAGGGGAUGCCCCCAAAUUUGUCAUCAAGACUUCAUCUGAACCUCCAUCAUUUCCUUCAACACCAACAGUCCCCAAACUGUCUAUCGCCGUAUCUAGCAAGAAGAGCAAAGACUCGUCCAAGUCCUCCAAAUCAGUCUCUUCACCUAAGACAGAGCCAAAGUCCAAAGCGGAGAGUAAGACUAAGGCAGAGUCCAAACCCAAGGCAGAGACCAAGAAGGCGAAGAAUGAACCAAAGCCGAAAACUGAGACCAAAUCGUCCAAGACAUCGAAGAAGAAAGAGAAGGACAUUGAAAGGGAGAUGGAGAGGGAGAAUGAGAAGGAGGUGAAGGAGAAAGAGAAGAAGGUGAAAGAAAAGCCCAUAAAGCUCAAAGUAGAUACCAAACCUAAAGCAGAGGUAUCUCCGUAUGACUUUGAUGCUCCAUCGCCAACACCGUCCAUCAAGGCAAAGAAGGAGUCAUCCACUCCAGCGCGGAAAGAGCCAUCCACUCCUGCAAGAAAGGAGCCAUCCACUCCAGCUAGGAAGGAGCCGUCCACCCCAGCCAGGAAGGAGCCAGUUCCAGGUAUCUUUGCCCCUUCUGUGCCUUCUCCGCCACCAAGCAAGUCAUCAAGCCCUGCCACUCCAAGAACUUCAACCAAGGCUGCAGCCCCAAGUUCACCAGCUCCAUCAAAAUCAAAACAAAAGGCAAGUACUCCAGCUCCGACCCCACCUCCCACCAAGGCAGCUCUCAAGGCCCUGCCUCCAUCAGCCACCAAGGCAUCCAAGGCCGCCAAGCAGAAGGAAAAAGACAAAGAGAAAGAGAAGGCCAGUCAGAAGCAGAAGGCAGCUCCACCUCCGCCGGAGCCUGAGCCAGAGCCUCCCAAACCACAGGCCGAUGGACCUUGUAUACUCAUCGCUGAAACAGCAGGAACCGUAGUUAAUGAAGAUGGUGAGAAGAUUUGGUAUUGUCCAGCGUGCAAGAAGGCGGAUGAUGGUGUUCUUCCUAUGGUCGGCUGUGAUUCAUGCGAUGAUUGGUACCACUGGGAGUGUGUCGGGCUGACAGAGGAACCGUCUACGAGCGACUGGUUUUGCAAACGAUGUCAGAAUAAAUCCAAGGGUAGGAAGAAGAAGGGCAGGAAGAAUUAGCUGCUGCGUCGAUUGUAAAUCUGUUGAAGAGAAUUGGUGAGGAAAGGUGUAUGUCUGGGUCAAUUGCCACUUGGUCUACACCCACUUGGUCAACUUUUAGUUCAUCUACGACCAUCCUGCUAAACAUUUGCUCUAAUUGCCAUUUAGAUCAUGUACCAUUUUGUCUAAUUUCAGUGAGGUUACUCCUAUUUCAUCUACCGGUAUUACCCACCUUGUCUAAUCUAAUACCCUUUAGUCUAUAAAUCAGGCAUCUCCAGUUAAAUGAUUGUGCCAUAUUUGGCUGUCUCUAAUUACACCACAGAUCUGGACCAUGGUAUGAAUUAAUUGAUACCAAUUCGCAAAAUUCUGUGCUAAAUGUCUCUUGAUAUAGCCAAACCUUUCCUGAUGACCAUAAGUAUUAUACAACAAAGGUCUGAUGCAGCUUGUAGCCUUGCAAAUGAGAGCUUUUCAAAAUCAGAUCAAAGUUUAUGAUACAGGGGGGGAGGAUUUCUUAUGAACCUUGUUAGUGAUCUAGUGAACACUCGUUGAUAAAGACCGUAUUUUUGUGAAGACCUCAAUAUUUUUACAUUUGAUAUUGUAUCUCAUGGAAGAAUAUAAUUUAGGAACCUUUUCGCAGUAACUUUCUAACGAAUAUGUAGACCAGUUUUCACUUCUCCCUUUCACAAAGUUUCACUGUAUGUAUUCAAGAUGAUCCCUUUCAUUUCAUUGACCUUUGGAAUAUCUAAAGAAAUUUCUGUUUCUGAUGAAAAUUCUGGAUUCAUUUGUUAGAAU